UAUCAUCCUGCGAGUCCUUUUGUAACUCUGAGGCUAAAGCUUACCAGACACCCGGGAAUACCAGACGGACAGGAGGCGCAGGCGGGCGGCUCCCCGAUCUGGGUUUAAUACGGUGUUCCCCCUGCCCUCCCAGCCGCCCCUCCCUCAGCCAGACACGAGUGACCCGCUGACCGUGUGCCCGGGCCCGGCAGGCAUAAUGCUGGAAGGUCACUUAUGUAAUGCUGACGUCCGUCCUCCGCACCAUGAAGACCCAGUGUGCUGUCGUGCUCUUUGCGGCGUGCCUCAUCGCCGUCACGGCGCGCUCGGCCUAUCAGCUGCCUUACGGCGCGGAGCUGCUCCAUAGGCAGAUCGUCAACACUUUCUCCUGCGCCGGGCGGCCCUACGGCUACUACGCCGACGUGAACAACGAUUGCAAGAUCUUCCACGUCUGUGUGCCCGUCAGUGAUGAACAGGGCAACCUGGUGGAGGAGGCGCACUUCUCCUUCAUGUGCGGCAACCAGACGGUCUUCAGCCAGGACACCCUCGCGUGCGCCAUGCAAGAGGACGCCUACCCGUGCGAGCAGGCCGAGUCUCUCUACGACGCCUCCAACGCCGAGUUUGGACGCAUCCCGGAAGACACAGAGGAAUUCUAGGACGUGCGCCCGCCGAGUGUGUCCUGUCCACGGCUUCCUCUCCCCCGACCCCCGACUCUAGGCUGAUGCGGACCGUGCCACCACCAAUGUCAUGUAACUCCUCCCACGACACGAACAAAAAUAAUGAUAAUAAUAAUGAUUGUAAAAAUAAGUAAUAAUUAUAACUAUGAUAUGGCGGGGGUAUUAUUAUUAUUAUUAUUAUUAUUAUUAUUAUAACCAGCUGCACUCAUUUCCUUCAUACUGUUGCACGGAUCGAGCCCAAGUCUGUCGUGAUGGUUCUCUUAAUAUCUUGUUCUGCAGUCAAAGGAUGAGUUCAAACUAUUGCUCGUAACACCUUUUCCCAGGAUUGAUUUCAGCUAGCAAGGUCUUGGUGAUAGUUAAUGAUUUGAUCUGAUUUUGUAUUGCUGCCCUUAGACCUGCCUUCAGAUUCAAUAAAUAAAGACAAGAAAACACA